AUGUCCUCUGCCGUGAAUGCUCUGCAGCUGUUGGUAGAAUAACUCAAGCUGGAGGCCAACAUGGAGUGAAUCAAGAUCUCUCAUGCAGCUGCAAAACUUCAAUUGUACUGCAUACAGAAUGCCUGCAAGGAUGCUCUGUUGGUUGGUGUUCAAGCAGGAAACAGUCCCUUCUGGGAACCCAGGUCCUGUGCUUCAUUGUGAAGACUGUAGGAAAGAAGUUCCUUGAGGAA